GCUGGUGGGGUCGCGCUGGGGGAGUGAACUGGGCCAAUCAGGCGGGUGCGUGGCGGCGCGGGGGAGGCGGUGCCCCUGCACUCCUCCCUCCUCUCCCUCCCUGCCCCGCGCUGACAGGGGGGCCUGGCUGCGCCGCCGGAUUCUGACACUUCAUGCCAUGUCAUUAUCUAGAGCAAUACUGACCAUUCACCUGUUUUGUGUUAGUGAAUGACCUUCGGAAAUGAUGUGAUAUCUGCUGGAUAGAAGGUAUAUAUAGACUCCAUUUGGAGUGAACAGCCAGAUUUUUAUUGACGUUUCAAGAUGACAGAUCCAAUGAUGGACUUUUUUGAUGAUGCCAAUCUUUUUAGCGAGACCUUAGAAGGUUUGUCAGAUGAUGCAUUUGUACAACCAGGACGUGUUUCACUAGUUGAUGAAUUGAACUUGGGUGCAGAAUUUGAACCUUUGCACAUAGACUCACUGAACCAUGUUCAGGGCACUUCAACUCAUCAGAAGAUGACUGAUUUCGAACAGUUAAAUCAGUUUGAUUCACUGAAAUUCCAUCAAGUUAAUCAGUCUUUUGGUAGCCCUGCUGAACAUGUUUUGUCUCCACACUCUCAGUUUAAUUGCUCACCGAUCCACCCCCAAAAUCAGUCCAACGGUUUGUUUCCAGAUGUAGCUGAUGGGAGUCCAAUGUGGGGCCACCAGACAGCUACUAGCAUUUCAAAUCAAAACGGCUCUCCUUUUCACCAACAAGGACAUUCACAUUCUAUGCAUCAAACGAAAACCUUUGUGGCACACCAUGACUUUGCCUUAUUUCAGGCCAAUGAACAGCAAACACAGUGUACGUCACUACGCUCACAACAGAACAGGAAUAAUCUAAACCCAGGGCAAAACUCUCUUAGCCAGUCCAAAAAUUUUAUGGAUGUUAAUAUUUCUGGUCCCCAUCGAGUCACUGUUAACCACCCACCACAGAUUACCAAUGUAUCUACUUCACAGCAGUCUCUUUCGAUGCAGCAAUUUUCUCAAACGUCAAAUCCUUCAAUACACUUCCUCAAGUGUACCAAUCACCAGGAAGGAAAUUAUAAUGGACCUUCUCCAAAUAUGACUUCUUGUUCUGUCAGUAAUUCACAGCCGUUUUCUUCCCAUUACUCCUUUCCCAGUAAUCAUGUAUCAUCAAACAGCCGUCUUCAGUCCUCUACAGGUCUUGCAUCUAAUCAUACAAAUCAGACUUUAUCUGAUUUUUCUGGAAGUAAUUCCUUUUCACCUCACAGAGGAAUCAAGCAAGAAUCUACUCAGCAUGUCCUAAACCCUAAUACAUCAUUGAAUUCUAAUAAUUUCCAAAUGUUGCAUUCGUCACAUCCUCAGGGUAAUUAUAGCAAUUCAAAAUUAUCUCCUGUGCACAUGAACUUCCCAGAUCCUGUUGAUUCAGGAACUCAAAUGGGUUUCAACGAUCAUGCAGAAACUAAUGGCUUUUCAUCUUUAGAAGAGAAUUUACUUCAUCAAGUGGACUCUCACACUGAGCCAUUCACAGGCCUUGACCCAGAAGAUCUUCUUCAGGAGGGUCUCCUUCCUCAGUUUGAUGAGUCAACGUUUGAGCAAGAUAGUUCAAGUCAUGUCUUAGAUCAUGACCUUGAUCACCAGUUUACUUCACAUCUCCUCCCACGGUCUUCGGAUAUGGCUCAUGCUCAGUUGCCAAGUCAAACUCAGAGUUGGCAUCCAUCGCUUUCAAAUCAUCAGCAUUUACACGACAGAAAUCGCCUAUGUUUACAGAGACAGCCUCCAUCUUCCAAGAAGAGUGAUGGUUCUGGGACAUAUACUAAGUUGCAGAAUACCCAGGUGAGGGUCAUGUCCGAGAAGAAGCAGAGAAAAAAGAUGGAAUCAGAAAGCAAGCAAGAAAAGGCUAAUCGUAUAAUUUCAGAGGCCAUAGCAAAAGCAAAGGAGCGCGGAGAACGCAAUAUUCCACGAGUAAUGAGCCCUGAAAACUUCCCUAGUGCUUCUGUUGAAGGAAAGGAAGAAAAGAAAGGCAGAAGGAUGAAAUCCAAGCCAAAAGACAAAGAGAGCAAAAAGACAAAAACUUGUUCCAAAUUAAAAGAGAAGACAACAAUUGGCAAACUCAUUAUUACAUUGGGUAAGAAACAAAAAAGAAAGAAUGAGUCUUCAGAAGAAAUAUCUGAUGCCGAACAGAUGCCUCAGCAUGCAUUGAAAGAUGAAAACUCUCAAAAAAGAAGAUCAAACCGACAAAUUAAACGAAAAAAAUAUGUAGAAGCAGCAGAAGGAAAACAAUCUGAAGAAGCAGUUAAAGGUUCUAUGAAAAUUAAAAAGAAUUCAAAUCCUUUACCUGGUGAACAGCCCUUGCAGUUAUUUGUGGAGAAUCCCAGUGAAGAAGAUGCUGCAAUUGUAGACAAAAUAUUAUCUUCAAGAAUUGUGAAAAAGGAAGUAUCUCCUGGUGUAAUGAUUGAUACAGAAGAGUUUUUUGUAAAAUACAAGAAUUACUCCUAUCUUCACUGUGAAUGGGCUACAGAAGAGCAGCUUUUGAAGGAUAAAAGGAUUCAACAGAAAAUAAAACGAUUUAAAUUGAGACAAGCACAAAGAGCGCAUUUUUUCUCAGAUAUUGAAGAAGAACCAUUUAACCCAGACUACGUUGAAGUAGAUAGAGUAUUAGAAGUCUCAUUUUGUGAAGAUAAGGAUACUGGUGAGCCUGUUAUUUACUACUUAAUAAAAUGGUGCUCCUUGCCAUAUGAAGAUAGUACUUGGGAACUAAAGGAAGACGUUGAUCUUGCAAAAAUAGAAGAGUUUGAACAAUUACAAGCUUCAAGACCUGACACAAGACACUUGGACCGUCCUCCUUCAAAUAUUUGGAAAAAAAUAGAUCACUCCAGGGACUAUAAAAAUGGCAACCAACUCAGGGAAUAUCAACUAGAAGGACUCAAUUGGCUCUUGUUCAAUUGGUAUAAUAGACGAAACUGCAUUUUAGCAGAUGAAAUGGGUCUUGGAAAAACUAUUCAAUCAAUUACAUUCCUCUACGAAAUCCUUCUGACUGGUAUACGUGGACCUUUCCUGAUUAUAGCUCCACUUUCUACUAUUGCAAACUGGGAGAGAGAAUUUCGUACCUGGACUGAUAUUAAUGUUGUGGUUUAUCAUGGGAGCCUGAUUAGCAGACAGAUGAUACAGCAAUAUGAAAUGUACUUCAGGGACUCACAGGGGCGUAUCAUUCGAGGUGCUUACAGAUUCCAAGCCAUCAUCACCACUUUUGAAAUGAUUCUUGGAGGCUGUGGAGAACUUAAUGCAAUUGAGUGGCGAUGUGUGAUUAUUGAUGAAGCACAUAGGUUAAAAAAUAAAAAUUGUAAACUCUUAGAAGGUUUGAAACUCAUGAAUCUGGAACACAAAGUGCUUUUGACUGGUACCCCUCUCCAAAAUACAGUUGAAGAACUUUUCAGUCUGCUUCACUUUCUUGAACCCUUGAGAUUUCCCUCUGAAUCAACAUUUAUGCAAGAAUUUGGCGACCUGAAAACAGAAGAACAGGUACAAAAACUUCAGGCUAUCCUAAAGCCUAUGAUGCUCAGGAGAUUAAAAGAAGAUGUAGAAAAGAAGUUGGCACCUAAGGAGGAAACCAUCAUUGAAGUAGAACUUACUAAUAUUCAGAAGAAAUACUAUCGGGCUAUUUUGGAGAAAAACUUUUCAUUUUUAUCCAAAGGAGCGGGACAAACUAAUGUCCCUAACUUGGUUAAUACCAUGAUGGAGCUCAGAAAGUGCUGUAAUCAUCCAUACCUUAUAAAAGGUGCUGAGGAGAAAAUUUUGGAAGAAUUUAGAGAUACUUAUAAUCCAGCUGCUUCUGACUUUCAUCUUCAAGCAAUGAUUCAGUCUGCUGGUAAAUUGGUUCUUAUUGAUAAAUUACUUCCCAAAAUGAAAGCAGGAGGUCAUAAAGUGCUCAUAUUCUCUCAGAUGGUACGCUGCCUUGACAUCCUGGAGGACUAUCUUAUACAUAAAAGAUAUUUAUAUGAGCGAAUUGAUGGAAGAGUCAGAGGGAAUCUCCGACAGGCUGCUAUAGAUCGAUUUAGUAAACCUGAUUCGGAUCGAUUUGUCUUUCUCCUGUGUACCCGAGCUGGUGGAUUAGGCAUCAACUUAACUGCAGCUGAUACAUGUAUAAUUUUUGAUUCUGAUUGGAAUCCUCAAAAUGAUCUACAGGCUCAGGCUCGUUGUCACCGAAUUGGUCAGAACAAAGCAGUUAAAGUCUACCGACUUGUAACUCGUAACUCUUAUGAGAGAGAGAUGUUUGACCGAGCCAGUUUGAAACUGGGUCUAGAUAAGGCUGUAUUACAGAGCAUGAGUGGAAGAGAAAAUAAUGUUGGUGGUAUUCAACAACUUUCUAAAAAAGAAAUAGAAGACUUGCUUCGGAGAGGUGCAUAUGGUGCCAUUAUGGAAGAAGAAGAUGAAGGCUCUAAAUUCUGUGAAGAGGAUAUUGAUCAGAUUUUACAGCGUCGUACAAAAACUAUUACAAUUGAAUCAGAAGGACGUGGGUCCACAUUUGCCAAGGCAAGCUUUGUGGCCUCUGGGAACCGAACAGAUAUUUCUUUAGAUGAUCCUAAUUUCUGGCAGAAAUGGGCUAAAAAGGCAGAAAUUGAUAUAGAUACUGUCAGUGGCAGAAACAGCUUGGUUAUUGACACUCCACGAAUUAGGAAGCAAACGAGACCCUUUAGUGCCACAAAAGAUGAAUUGGCUGAAUUAUCUGAAGCUGAAAGUGAAGGAGAUGAAAAACCCAAACUCCGGAGACUAUGUGACCGUUCUAAUGGCUAUGGGAGAACUGAAUGCUUUAGAGUAGAGAAGAAUCUGCUAGUUUAUGGGUGGGGCCGAUGGAGAGAGAUACUCUCUCAUGGUCGAUUUAAAAGGCAGUUGAAUGAACAUGAUGUGGAGAUAAUUUGUCGAGCCCUCUUAGCUUACUGCCUUGUUCAUUACCGAGGUGAUGAGAAGAUUAAAGGCUUCAUAUGGGAUCUCAUUACUCCAACUGAAGAUGGGCAAACACGAGAGCUACAAAAUCAUCUAGGCCUAUCAGCUCCAGUACCCAGAGGUCGAAAAGGGAAGAAAGUAAAGACUCAAACAAGCUCAUUUGAUAUACAAAAAGCAGAAUGGCUUAGAAAAUAUAAUCCUGAGCAACUACUUCAAGAUGAAGGCUAUAAAAAACAUAUAAAACACCACUGUAAUAAGGUUUUACUACGUGUGAGAAUGCUAUAUUAUCUAAAGCAAGAAGUUAUUGGAAAUGAAUGUCAGAAAGUAUUUGAUGGAGUUGAUGCAAGUGACAUUGAUGUUUGGGUCCCAGAGCCAGACCACUCAGAAGUUCCUGCUGAUUGGUGGGAUUUUGAUGCUGAUAAAUCACUCCUUAUUGGAGUUUUUAAGCAUGGUUAUGAAAAAUACAACACCAUUCGAGCAGACCCAGCAUUAUGCUUCUUGGAAAGAGUGGGGAAACCUGAUGAGAAAGCAGUUGCUGCAGAACAGAGAGCAAAUGAUUAUAUGGAUGGGGAUGUGGAAGAUCCAGAAUAUAAACCUGCCCCAGCUAUCUUUAAGGAUGACAUAGAGGAUGAUGUUUCUUCACCAGGAGAUCUUGUUAUAGCAGAUGCAGAUGGUCAAUUGAUGGAAGGUGAUAAAGUUUAUUGGCCUACUCAGUCAGCUUUAACAACGAGGCUGAGGCGUCUUAUCACUGCAUAUCAGCGUACUAAUAAAAACAGACAAAUCCAGCAGAUUGCACCCUCUUUCUCAGUGCCUACCAGUGUGUUGCAGCCUCUUUAUGAAGACCCCACUGUUAAUCCAAAAAUGGCAGCAAAGAUAGAAAGACAGCAGAGAUGGACAAGAAGAGAAGAAGCUGACUUUUAUAGAGUUGUAUCUACAUUCGGAGUGGUAUUUGAUCCUGAUAGAGGCCAGUUUGAUUGGACAAAAUUUAGAGCGAUGGCUCGACUACAUAAGAAAACUGAUGAUAGUUUGGAGAAGUAUUUGUAUGCUUUCAUGUCUAUGUGUCGGAGAGUUUGUCGUCUUCCUUCCAAAGAAGAAUUAGUGGAUCCAAAUAUUUUUAUCCAGCCAAUCACAGAAGAACGUGCUUCUAGAACCUUGUAUCGCAUUGAACUUCUAAGGAAAGUACGGGAACAGGCUCUGCGACAUCCACAGUUAUUUGAACGCUUAAAGCUGUGCCAUCCAAGUCCAGAUUUACCCAUCUGGUGGGAAUGCGGCCCUCAUGAUAGAGAUUUGCUUAUUGGAGCUGCUAAACAUGGAGUUAGCCGAACAGACUAUCAUAUUCUCCGUGAUCCUGAGCUAUCAUUUAUGGCAGCACAAAGGAACUACAGUCAAAAUAAGAUGGCUCAUUCCAGGACUUCUACCCCACUUUUACAGCAAUAUCAAGUAGCACUUUCAGCUUCCUCUCUUACCUCUCUCCCUAGACUUCUAGAUGCUAAAGGUAUAAUUCUAGAUGAUGUGAAAGUUAAAAGUGAAAACCUUAAAGAAGAGCCUCAGUCUUCUGAAGAAGAAUCUUUAUCUUCUGAGGAAACCAAGACACUAAUAAAAUCUGAGCCAGUCAGUCCAAAGAAUGGUGUUUUACCACAGGCUACUGGAGAUCAGAAAUCUGGUGGGAAAGGAGAAACAGAAAGACGCAUGGUUGCAGCCAGAACCGAACCCCUAACUCCAAACCCACCAUCUAAGAAACAUCGGGUCCACAAAAGACGGUCAGAAUGUAGUUCAGAUUCCGAUUCGGAUUCUGACAGGUCAUCAUGUUCUUCCAGAUCGUCUUCCUCCUCCUCUUCCUCUUCCUCUUCUUGUUCCCACUCACGAUCAGGCUCUAGUUCUUCCUCCUCUUCAUCUUGUUCUUCAGCUUCGUCAUCUUCCUCCUCUUCUUCCUCCUCAUCUUCCUCUUCAUCAUCCUCAGAAGAGAGUGACAGUGAAGAAGAGGAAGUCCAAAAACGAGAAGGUACCCCUCACAUGAAAGCCUUUGACGAAGAGAGUAUUGCAUCACUGAGCACUACCCAGGAUGAGACUCAGGAUAGCUUCCAGAUGAACAAUGGGGCACAAGAGUCUGCUUACAUCUUACAAGGUGGAUAUAUGCUUGCAGCAUCAUAUUGGCCAAAGGAUCGUGUGAUGAUCAACCGGUUGGACAGUAUUUGUCAAACAGUUCUGAAAGGGAAGUGGCCUUCGGCUAGAAGAAGUUACGAUGCUAAUACGGUGGCUUCUUUCUACACUACAAAACUGCUGGACAGUCCAGGAGCAGCUACAGAAUACAGUGAGCCCAGUGUACCCACUCCGUCAGGUGCAAGCGUUAAAGAAGAACGUGACCAGUCACCACAGAUGUCAAAGGAAGGUGGUUUGAAAUUGACGUUUCAGAAGCAGGGGCUUGCUCAGAAGAGACCGCUGGACAGUGAAGAUGGAGCCCUCGGCCAGCAGCAGUACCUCACCCGCCUUCGCGAGCUUCAGAGCGCAUCAGAGACUGGCCUUGUCAAUUUCCCAAAAUACAUGCCAGCAUCAGGUACUUCCAUUCAGCCAGCCCUUGGUGCCAAUGGAAUGGUAUUAGACAACCAGCCUAUAGUCAAAAAAAGACGGGGAAGAAGGAAGAAUGUAGAAGGUGUUGACAUUCUCUUUUUUAAUAGAAACAAACCACCUAAUCAUGUUACUCUAGGUAUAACCACCUCACAAAUUGCUACAGGGAUGAAUCCAGCUCUUUCCUAUACUCAACCUCAAGGAAUACCUGAUACGGAAAGUCCAGUGCCAGUUAUUAACCUCAAAGAUGGGACUAGGCUUGCAGGUGAUGAUGCACCGAAGAGAAAGGACUUUGAAAAAUGGCUUAAGGAGCACCCAGGUUAUGUGGAAGACUUAGGAGCUUUUAUUCCUAGAAUGCAGCUUCAUGAGGGAAGGCCAAAACAAAAAAGACAUCGUUGCAGAAACCCAAAUAAAUUAGAUGUUAAAAGUCUCACUGGAGAAGAACGUGUUCAGCUAAUUAAUAGAAGAAAUGCUAGAAAGGUUGGUGGUGCAUUUGCUCCACCAUUGAAAGAUUUAUGUCGAUUCUUAAAAGAAAAUUCGGAAUAUGGAGUUGCUCCUGAGUGGGGCGAUGUUGUUAAGCAAUCUGGAUUUCUUCCAGAAAGUAUGUAUGAACGUAUUCUCACUGGUCCUGUCGUAAGAGAGGAAGUAAGCCGGAGAGGGAGACGACCGAAAAGUGGAAUUUCAAAGGCUGCUGCUGCAGCCGCCGCUGCCGCAGCUGCUGCCAACACUACAGGUGUUCCAGGCAAUCCUCUGUUAGCCAAUGGAUUACUUCCAGGUGUGGAUCUGACAACACUUCAGGCCUUACAACAAAACCUGCAAAAUUUGCAGUCACUACAAGUAACUGCGGGGCUCAUGGGAAUGCCUGCUAGCCUGUUUUCUGGAGGGGAUGCCAAGAACAUGGCUGCAAUGUUCCCCAUGCUGCUGUCAGGAAUGUCUGGAUUACCAAAUCUGUUGGGCAUGGGAAGCCUCCUUACAAAGCCUACAGAAUCUGGGACAGAAGAGAAGAAGGGUCAUGACCCGAAGGAAGUAGAAGGAAAGAAAGAAAGGACAGAAAGCCACAAUUCAGAGAAUGAUGGCACAAAUUCCGUGUCAGGUUCUCCUUCAACGUCCUCUUCUGCUGCAUUAAAUACAACUGCAGCUGCCAACCCACUAGCUCUUAACCCACUGUUACUAUCUAAUAUACUUUAUCCAGGGAUGCUUCUCACUCCAGGCCUUAAUCUUAAUAUUCCAACUUUGCCCCAGUCCACUGCUUUUGAUGUACAGAAAAACAAAAACAGUGACUUGGGUUCAUCCACGUCUGUAGAAGUAAAGGAUGAAGAUUCCAGAGUCAGAGAUCAGGAAGACAAAAGGGGAACUGAAGCAAGUCCUCUGAAUGAAAACAGCACAGAUGAGGGUUCAGAGAAAGCCGACGCUUCAUCUGGAUCUGAUAGUAGUACAUCCUCCUCCUCCGAGGAUUCAGAUUCUAGUAAUGAAGACUGAUCCACAGACUGUACUUAAAUUAUGAACUGGUUUUUGAUUCUUUUUCUUUAAUUAUUAAUUGUAAAUAUCCCAGUGUUAAGUGCAUCAAAACCUUAUUGACCGAACAUUUCAGUUAUUUGUUUAGACGUACAAACUGCUUUCAGAAGACAUUUUGCAUGUAAUAUUUCUUAAGCUUCAUAAGUUUCUGAACUUGUGUGUACUAUCAGAUAUAUAAAGGUGUAAAAUUACAACAAAAGGCAUUAUAAUUUUGUUGGGGGUUAAUUUUAUGAAAAUUAUGCUCAAUGAGAAUUGUAUAUUUAAUAUAUUUGCAGUGAACACAGAAUACUUUAUGCAUAUUACUGAUUUAAUUUGAAUAUAGUUCUACAACCUCCUUGACACCUAUAAUUUACAGAUCAAAACUCAGCAAUAAUUUGGGCAGCUAAUGAAUGUCAUGAAAGCUGUAGAAUCUACAUCACCCUUCAUUGCUUUAAUUACAUGAAAAUGCUCUCGUGUUGUGAUGCACUGCUGAUGUUUCCAAUUCAGGUACAAAUGUGUUUUAAAGAAGAAAUAGGUUUCCCAGUCAGCCAAUUUAACUGGCUACCUGUUACCUCAACUGAGUUAGUUUAGGAAGUUUACAUUCGUUUCUAAUUCUAUACUUGUUUUCAGGGGUUUUUUAAAUACAUCCUAUAUAUCAUGUAAAUCUGGCAAGAAAUAUGACUUGAUUUUUGCUGAGCCAACUGCUGAUUAUCAGUGAAAGUAAGUCAUAAAUCCUGUGUCAUGUGACUUUGGCACCAUACUUAUUUUUAACUUUUCAAAGUUUGGCCUCUUAAUAGAAAUAAACUCUGUCUCUGAUUGAGUAAUGUCUGUUUCCAGGGUUCAGAAAAGGCAAACUCAUGAAUGCCACUGAAAAGUACUUUCAACACAGCAUACUUCAUGUAAAAGAAAUCAUUUGUUUGCUUUGUUUGUGUUUUAUGUCAUGAAAAUCUUCCAGAAUUAGGAAAUAAUGGUAUGUAAAAUGCAGAUAGUUGAAAUUCAUUUGAGUUGCUAGUUAUAAGCAAAGUAAAUGUUGCCCAGAGUCAGUGUUGGGUUGUCAGUUUAUAUUAAAUACACUGAGUUUCCCAUUUUGAAAUGCACUUUGAAUAAUCUCAGAAACACCACAAAAAUGAAGUCAAAAGCUUCUAUUUAAUUUCUUAGAGCCCAUUACCAGAUAAAAUUGGUCUGAUGUUUGAGUUGUGUUAACAAUUCCUCCUGCCUAAGUUGCUAUUAUUCUGACAAGAUAGAGGGCCACAUUAACCUUCAUACAUAUUUUUUAAACAAUUAGAACUAAAUUGGACUUUAAAUAUUGUUUAUAGUCUAAGGAGAGGUAAAUGUUAGUGUUUUCAUGGUACUCAAAUCAGUGAUUAAGUUUGCAAAGGGAUACAUUUUUUAGGGGAAAUUACCCCAGUUCUCUCCCACAGGAACGAAAAAUAGCUUUUAGUAUGUUUUCUUGAACUCUGUUGCUUUGUCAUGAAUUAAGCAAUUGCAUUGAGUUUUACCAAGACUUUUACCAGCAAAUUAUGUUUCUGUAUGUAAAAUACUAACCAUGUUAGUAGAGAAACAGUGUUAUAUGUAUUUACAAAAUUAUCUUACUUCCAUGAGGAUUGUAUUGCUUUUUGUAUUUUCCCCAAAAUAGUACUUUUAUUGGAUGGUUCUUUAUGCAGUGUCUUAGCAAUAGUUCUCUAAUGCCCUUCCAGGAGAAGUGGGUAGUUACCCUUCAUGAAAAUGAUACAGUACAUCGUUAGUAUCUUCCCUUUUCAGUAUUGCACUUUCGUUUCACUAGAUAAACCUAUGAAAUUCAGCCAAAGGUUUCACAGUUAAAUUAGUUUGCCAGUGGAGUAUUUCAACACCUUCCAGACUUCCCUCCCUUCCCUCAAGGUCUCCCCACAUGGUCUUUAUUCCUUUCUUUCACCAAUUUAAGAAAAUAAAUAAAAAGGAGAAAGAAAAAAAAAAGCCCUACAUCUUGUCACUGAAAUCUACUUUAUAUCAAAUUUAUGAGAUAAAGUAUUUUCCUAAUUAUGCUGAAGUGAAUUUGGUUAACAUCGUAGUGAUUCUCUUUCUAUGUAAUAAGGCAAUUACAGUUUUCAAAGCAUUAAGGUUAAUCUUAACUUUAAACAUUCUCUUGGAUUUCAAGAUACUUCUGUUUAGUAUUCAUUGGGGGAAAAAUCCAACUAUCAGCUUUAAAACAAGAAAAAAAAACAGUGUGGUUUUGUAAAGUUAAGGGUUAUAAGGGAAAAUAAAUCAAUAGAAUUAUAUAAUAGUAAAGUUGCUAUUGAAAGGAUAUCCAAGUAUGUGUUUGUAGUUACUAAAAAAAAACCAAUUAUAGCUGUUAUUGCCUUGUAUUUAUAGCCCUCGUUUCAGGUUUCAGGAUGCCACGUCUUAGUCCAGUUUUUCUUUCGGACAUUUGCAAUAUUUACCAGUUGUGUUCUGUGUAGUCUGAAUUUGCUUUCUGUAGUUGAGCAAACGUCUUAAAAGUCAUUUGUAAUUUAUUAAAUUACUUUCUAUGAUGUUCUAUAGAGCAAAUGGAAGUUUAAUUAUUUUUUAUUAAACAUAUUCUUUGACUACCCAUGA